CGGCAAGUUGGAUUCAGCUGACUUCGUGGGUCACCUUCUUGUCUUGUUUUGAUAAACUGUUAAUUAGUUUUGCAUUUUUUUCUGGUAAUUUGUCUGUUUUAAUUUAUUCAUCUAAUCAUGUCUGCUAAAAGGAUUACUAAAGCGGCUACUGAUUGGGCUAAAAUCCAAGCUCUCACUGGUGAAUACAAGCAACAAUCUUUCAAAAAAUUGAAGGCUGCCUCUGAUAAUUAUUUGCGAAAAGUUCAAGAAUUCCCUGAAGCUCCACCAGCUAUUGAUUGGAAUGUGAUGAAGGCUACUAUUUCAAACAAGGCUAUUGUUGACAAAUUAGAAGCCUCUUACAAAGCUGCUUUAAGUAAAAUUCCUUAUCCAGAAGAUACUUUGGCAUCAUCAAUUGAUAAGAUGGAAAAAGAAUCCAUUGAAUCUGCAAAAGAAAUGAUCGCUUUCUAUGAGGAGAGAAAUGAUGAAUGUCGACAAAUGAUUGCCAAAUUUGAAAAGAUGUGGCCCAUUGAAUGGCAUACACUAGAGACAUUUGCCAUGACUUUCCCUGAUUGGGCUCAGUGGUACGGUAAUUCAGGACGAGCUAUUUACCCUCCAACUACUCCUAAAGAAGCAAUAGAAGAAGCAGAAAAACCAACCAGAUUAGACUUGGAGGCUCGUUUCUAGAUCAGAUUAUAUUCAAUCUUGUGAAUUAUUGCUUAGUCUGAAAAUUCGGCCAGGUUAAAGUGUUAUAUUUCGUGAUUAGAUCUUUUGAAUAAAUUUAAAAUUUAUGUUCACUUGAAA